UCUCAUUAUAACAGCCAAUGCAGCCGCCAUCCACGCACAAGCAAAGAAGCAUGUCCCAUUUAAAUACACCCACGCAGCCCCAGCGCCCUUAGCCGAUCAGGGCGCGCAGCCCACACGCACCGCGGCUCCGGGCUUGGAGAUCCGUGCAGGUUGGGCUCCCGGACCGGCGGACAGACGCGCGGAGGAUCGUGCUCAGGCUCUGUGGGGCUGGGGUGGGCGGGGGAGGUUUGGCCCGGGGCCUCUGGCGCGACACCCGCAUGAGGACGCGAGUGAAAUAGACCAAGGUGGAAUUUCCAAGGGAGAAGCUUCGGGGUGGUUUUGGUCCAUUUCUCCGGCAAAGUAGAAGACAUGGCGAGCGACUCCCCGGCUCGCAGCCUGGAUGAAAUCGAUCUCUCGGCUCUGAGGGACCCUGCAGGGAUCUUUGAAUUGGUGGAACUUGUUGGAAAUGGAACGUAUGGGCAAGUUUAUAAGGGUCGUCAUGUCAAAACGGGCCAGCUGGCAGCCAUUAAGGUCAUGGAUGUCACAGGGGAUGAAGAGGAAGAAAUCAAGCAAGAAAUUAACAUGUUGAAGAAAUAUUCUCAUCACCGGAAUAUUGCUACAUACUAUGGUGCUUUUAUCAAAAAGAAUCCUCCAGGCAUGGAUGACCAACUUUGGUUGGUGAUGGAGUUUUGUGGCGCUGGCUCUGUCACUGACCUGAUCAAGAACACGAAAGGUAACACACUGAAAGAAGAAUGGAUCGCAUACAUCUGCAGGGAGAUCUUGCGGGGGCUGAGUCACCUGCACCAGCAUAAAGUGAUUCAUCGAGAUAUUAAAGGGCAGAAUGUCUUGCUGACUGAAAAUGCGGAAGUUAAACUAGUGGACUUUGGAGUCAGUGCCCAGCUUGACCGAACAGUGGGCAGGAGGAACACUUUCAUUGGGACCCCCUACUGGAUGGCACCAGAAGUCAUUGCCUGCGACGAAAACCCAGAUGCCACAUAUGAUUUCAAGAGUGACUUGUGGUCUUUGGGAAUCACCGCCAUUGAGAUGGCAGAAGGUGCUCCCCCUCUCUGUGACAUGCACCCCAUGAGAGCCCUCUUCCUCAUCCCCCGGAACCCAGCGCCUCGGCUCAAGUCUAAGAAGUGGUCAAAAAAAUUCCAGUCAUUUAUUGAGAGCUGCUUGGUAAAGAAUCACAGCCAGCGACCGGCAACAGAACAGCUGAUGAAGCACCCGUUUAUACGAGACCAGCCAAAUGAGCGACAGGUCCGCAUCCAGCUCAAGGACCAUAUUGAUAGAACCAAGAAGAAGCGCGGAGAAAAAGAUGAGACAGAGUAUGAGUACAGCGGCAGUGAGGAGGAAGAGGAGGARAACGAUUCGGGAGAACCCAGCUCCAUUCUGAACCUGCCAGGGGAGUCCACACUGCGACGGGACUUCCUGAGACUCCAACUGGCCAACAAGGAGCGUUCAGAGGCCUUGCGGCGACAGCAGCUGGAGCAGCAGCAGCGGGAGAACGAGGAGCACAAGCGGCARCUGCUGGCAGAGCGCCAGAAGCGCAUUGAGGAGCAGAAGGAGCAGCGCCGGCGGCUGGAGGAGCAACAAAGGCGAGAGAAGGAACUGAGGAAGCAGCAGGAGAGGGAGCAGCGCCGGCACUACGAGGAGCAGAUGCGCCGGGAGGAGGAGAGGAGGCGGGCGGAACAUGAGCAGGAAUACAUCAGGCGACAGUUAGAGGAGGAGCAAAGACAGUUAGAGAUCUUGCAGCAGCAGCUACUGCAUGAACAAGCUCUACUUCUGGAGUAUAAGCGCAAACAAUUGGAAGAACAGAGACAAGCAGAAAGACUGCAAAGACAGCUUAAGCAAGAGAGAGACUACUUGGUUUCUCUUCAGCAUCAGCGUCAGGAGCAGAGACCCAUAGAGAAGAAGCCACUGUACCACUACAAAGAAGGGAUCAGCCCCAGUGAGAAGCCAGCGUGGGCCAAGGAGGUAGAAGAACGGUCAAGGCUGAACCGACAGAGUUCACCUGCCAUGCCUCACAAGGUUGCCAACAGGAUAUCUGACCCCAAUCUGCCCCCGAGGUCUGAGUCCUUCAGCAUUAGUGGGGUUCAGCCUGCUCGGACACCCCCUAUGCUCAGACCUGUUGAUCCCCAGAUCCCGCAGCUGGUAGCUGUAAAAUCCCAGGGUCCUGCCUUGACCGCCUCCCAGUCAGUGCAUGAGCAGCCCACGAAGGGCCUCUCCGGGUUUCAGGAGGCCCUGARCGUCACCUCUCACCGCGUGGAGAUGCCACGCCAAAACUCGGACCCCACCUCCGAAAACCCUCCUCUCCCCACUCGUAUUGAGAAGUUUGACCGAAGCUCUUGGUUACGACAGGAAGAAGACAUUCCACCAAAGGUGCCUCAAAGAACAACUUCUAUUUCCCCAGCAUUAGCCAGAAAGAAUUCUCCUGGGAACGGUAGUGCUUUGGGACCCAGACUAGGCUCUCAACCCAUCAGAGCAAGCAACCCGGAUCUCCGGAGAACGGAGCCAGUCUUGGAGAGCCCCUUGCAGAGGACCAGCAGUGGCAGUUCCUCCAGCUCCAGCACCCCCAGCUCCCAGCCCAGUUCUCAAGGAGGCUCCCAGCCUGGGUCACAAGCGGGAUCCAGUGAACGCACCAGAGUUCGAGCCAACAGUAAGUCAGAAGGAUCACCUGUGCUCCCCCAUGAGCCUUCCAAGGUGAAACCAGAAGAAUCCAGGGACAUUACCCGGCCCAGUCGACCAGCUAGCUAUAAGAAAGCUAUAGAUGAGGAUCUGACGGCAUUGGCCAAAGAACUAAGAGAACUCCGGAUUGAAGAAACAAACCGCCCCCUGAAGAAGGUGACCGAUUAUUCCUCCUCCAGUGAGGAGUCUGAGAGUAGUGAAGAAGAGGAGGAAGACGGAGAGAGUGAGACCCACGAUGGGACAGUGGCUGUCAGCGACAUACCCAGACUGAUUCCAACAGGGGCUCCGGGGAGCAAUGAGCAGUACAACGUGGGAAUGGUCGGGACCCAUGGGCUGGAGACCUCUCAUGCAGACACCUUUAGCAGCAGUAUUUCAAGAGAAGGGACCCUGAUGAUUAGAGAGACGGCUGGAGAGAAGAAGCGAUCUGGCCACAGUGACAGCAAUGGCUUUGCUGGCCACAUCAAUCUCCCUGACCUGGUGCAGCAGAGCCACUCCCCRGCUGGGACCCCCACCGAGGGCCUGGGACGCGUCUCCACCCAUUCCCAGGAGAUGGACACCGGGACUGAAUAUGGUAUGGGAAGCAGCACCAAAGCCUCCUUCACCCCCUUUGUGGACCCCAGAGUAUACCAGACAUCUCCCACUGAUGAAGACGAAGAGGAUGAAGAAUCAUCCGCUGCAGGAAUCCAGAGGUAUCCAGGAGCCCUAGGAAAAGCUGUUCCCCAGCGAUCUCUGAACUUACCACAUAUUUCCCAAAAACAAUUUAUGGCUCUGUUUACUAGCGAACUUCUUAGGCAAGAACAGGCCAAGCUCAAUGAAGCAAGAAAGAUUUCUGUGGUAAAUGUAAACCCAACCAACAUUCGGCCUCAUAGCGACACACCGGAAAUCAGAAAAUACAAGAAACGAUUCAACUCAGAAAUACUUUGUGCGGCUCUGUGGGGUGUAAACCUUCUGGUGGGAACUGAAAAUGGCCUGAUGCUUUUGGACCGAAGUGGGCAAGGCAAAGUGUAUAAUCUGAUCAAUCGGAGACGAUUUCAGCAGAUGGAUGUGCUAGAGGGACUAAAUGUUCUUGUAACCAUAUCAGGAAAGAAGAAUAAGCUGCGAGUUUACUACCUUUCAUGGUUAAGAAACAGAAUAUUACACAAUGAUCCAGAAGUGGAAAAGAAGCAAGGCUGGAUCACCGUCGGGGACCUGGAAGGCUGUAUACAUUACAAAGUUGUUAAAUAUGAAAGGAUCAAAUUCUUGGUGAUUGCCUUAAAGAAUGCUGUGGAGAUAUAUGCCUGGGCUCCUAAACCAUAUCACAAGUUCAUGGCAUUUAAGUCUUUUUCAGAUCUUCAGCACAAGCCCCUGCUAGUUGAUCUCACUGUAGAAGAAGGUCAAAGAUUAAAGGUUAUUUUUGGCUCCCACACCGGUUUCCAUGUAAUUGAUGUUGAUUCAGGAAACUCUUAUGAUAUCUACAUACCAUCUCAUAUUCAGGGCAAUAUCACUCCUCAUGCUAUCGUCAUCUUGCCUAAAACAGAUGGGAUGGAAAUGCUUGUUUGCUAUGAGGAUGAGGGGGUGUAUGUGAACACCUAUGGCCGGAUAACUAAGGAUGUGGUGCUCCAAUGGGGAGAAAUGCCCACGUCUGUGGCCUACAUUCAUUCCAAUCAGAUAAUGGGCUGGGGCGAGAAAGCUAUUGAGAUCCGGUCAGUGGAAACAGGACAUUUGGAUGGAGUAUUUAUGCAUAAGCGAGCUCAAAGGUUAAAGUUUCUAUGUGAAAGAAAUGAUAAGGUAUUUUUUGCAUCCGUGCGAUCUGGAGGAAGUAGCCAAGUGUUUUUCAUGACCCUCAACAGAAAUUCCAUGAUGAACUGGUAACAGAAGAGCACUUGGCACUUAUCUUCAUGGCGUUAUUUCUAAUGUAAAAGAACAUAACUCAUGUGGACUUAUGCCAGUCUAGAGGCAGAAUCAGAAGGCUUGGUCGAACAUACCACUUUCCCCUUUUCCUCUCCCUCCACCCCUCCCGAUACAGUCCAUCUUUCAGUGUUGCAGCCCGGUUGAGAAGGAGAGAAAAAGGUGGCAGGAAUGUCCAGGAGAUCCCCAAGGAUGCUGCGUUGUCCGUGGACAAAGAUGGACCAUGUGCCCUUCGGAGUUAGGGAUAGAAACAGAUAUUGUGUGCUCUUCUGAGUAAGCUGUGUUAUGGUGGCUUUUGAGGGUUUUUUUGUUUUGUUUUUGGUUUUUUUUUUUACCUUUUUUCUUUACUCCCUUACUUUGUAAGAAUGGGGAGAGAAUGCUCACUGAGAAAAUGAGUCUGUUUUUAAUUGUCUGCCUGCUAGCUUUAAGUAUACAGUAUGUUGUAAAAUUUCCGAUUUCCAAUGGUGAGAGACAGCACAAUAAAUGUACUUUAUCUCCUUUCACUGAAGGCCAUCACUGCAUAGUGGGGUGAUUUAAGAACUCUCUUGCCUUCAGCAACCCCAAAGGUUGCUUUUUGAUAGCAACUGGCUAAUGAGUUUUUAAAAGAGAAGAAAAAAUACURGUUUUCCCCUCUUUGGGGAAAUAGAUUUUAAAUGGCUAAACUACUAGCCUUAGUCUAAUAAAAUCAACUACCACUUUUGUGAGUCUGACAGGUCAUAUUUUUAUAUGGCCCUUUAUAGAAUGGAGCGUGUUGAAUGGGAUAGAAAUGCCAUUGAACAAGUUGGCCUGGCCACUGAGGCAGGGCUAUAAUGCACCCUUCCCUCAGCUAUUAUGCAACAGAUCAGGGCAAAAGGGGACAACAGACGGAGUCAGACAGAAAGAGCCUCUGGGAAACAAGCUUAUAUACGUGUAUAUGUACACACACACACACACACACAAACACACAUUGUUUUUUAAAUGCACAAAGCGUCCCAGUAAGAGGUCACUUAUUUGGGGCUUCAUUUGGACUGAGACUUUGUUUUUGUGGGAAUUGGGGAGUGGGUGACAUCCAGGCUCUGGACAUUCCCAGCUCUCUCCUGAGGGUGCCACUUUCUCAAGAUGAAAACUGUGACUGAAAAAAAAAAAAUCAAUAACAAAUGUUUCUGAGCUGCCAGUGUUCUCCUUAGGUCGGUGAGAGAAGGGAGUAGACUGCUAAGCCUGCCGCAGACAACAGCGGGCAUCGUUGGCUCAGAUUUUAAUGAACUUGAAAGCAAGGCUUUGGCCAAAAUUCUGAGACCCUAAUCACUUUACCUUCCUCCAAAUUACCCAACAUACGGUAAACAACAUUUGUGCAGAGAUAUGUAUGUAUUUAGUUCAGGUUGACUUGUGUCCUUAUAAACUCUUACUCAAAUGAUUUGAACUUUUACGUGACUGUCUGGUAUUUUUUUUCCAAAGCUACAAGCAUGGCCGCCUGUGGUAUCGAGGUGUUGCAAAAACGAUAUCUGUGUUGCGCUUCCUGUUUUAACCUACCUCGUUUUGUUUGUUUUUGUUUCACUGUUCAUCACAGCAGUGUUAUCUCCAGGAGACAUAUAGAGAGCUCAACUGGCAAUCUCAGGAGUAUAGACUAUUUUAAAAACGAAACAGUAGUUGACCAAAUUGUUCUUUAAAAAUUGGGGGGCGGGGAGAGGGGGUCCAAUGACAAAAACUAAUAUGGCUUGUUUUGGGAGAAAGCAAUUACUGUGAAUGGAUCCAAAGAAAAAUCUGUGAUCCUACUGAUUUUGCCUAAAUACAAGAGCAGCUGAUGUACUAUUAAUGAGAACGAAAUAUAUUAGAAAACUGGUACCAUUUCAAUCCUGUGGUUUGGGGCAAGGGGAGAAGGGAGGGGAAAUAAUCUGAUUUCCAGACCAGUUGAUUAUGCCCCCCUGCCAAAGGUGGUUGUCAUUUGCAUUUAUUUUAAGCAUUUAGCACACAGGAAUGCAACUGAGGAUCAUCUUCAGGCAAUCACAAGAGGUCCUCAUCAUGGUCCCUUUAGUUCACAAAAACAAUGAAUUGCUCCCGUUCUCAUUUUUACUGCUGUGAUUAUGCUGCCGAACAACACUGUCUUCACAAAUUCCAUGCAACAAAUUCAGCAAUAACUUUUUGGACUGAACUUAACAACUACUGUAUUUGGAUGCCGAUGUGGACAAAAUGCAUUGAUCUGGUCUCAUCCCCAAUGUGAUUGCCACCAGCUCUUUAUAUUGCUGCUGUGGUAUUUUAAACCAGAGCUUCUUUAAAUUAUGUUGCAAACUGAUCUUUGUUUUUAUGUUUUGUUUUGUUUUGAUUUCUAAGUGAUGAGUUCGAAAACACACAGCUUUAAAUGAUUUUUUUAUUGUGGGUUUUGGGUACAGUUAAGAAAUAAAAGGGAAUCAUUGUGUUUAAACAUAAGGUAGUUUGUGAAUGUAUUUUUUAAAAUCUAGAUUCAUUGAAACAAAAAAAAAUAAGAAAACAAUAUUAAUGCAGUCUUGUUUACAGUAUGUACAGUGACAUGACAUAGAACAUGAGCUUUUCUGGUGCCAACAACAAUAAAACACAAACGUUAAACAUCAAGCCAUGCCUUUUAUAUUUUUGUACAAAUAUCUUACAACUGAGUAUAAGGCAAAAUCAAAUUUAAAAGGGACCCCCACAAAUCUCCUUAAAACAUAGUUCUGGAAUUCCUUGAAAGUUUUAUCUUCAAAAAAAGAUAUUUCCCUAUCAGGACAGGGCCCAGCCAUGACACAUCCAGGCCUUGCUCAUGCAAAUUUUAUCAGAAUUAUGUCCUUGUGGCUCAUACCAUCCCCGAGUUUUUGAUUUGCUUUAUUUUGGAGGGAGGGACGGGUGUUCUCUUCAUUCCUUUUAAUAGCAUCUUAAUAAAAAUGUUUUUAGUUUUGAUCUUCACACAGAAAUUGGCUCAUUUUUUUUUCUACAAAAUUGGAGAAUUGAACUCUCCCUCCCCAAAGUAAGCUUAACUAGAUCUCUCAGUCUUCUUCACCGAAUUGAUCAUUAUACAGCAAAAUAAUCAUCCAGCAAAAUCCACCAAGCCUGCCCACACCAUAGUCUUGGUCCAGGGUCUGGCAGGUGAUCCUCGUUUCCGGUUACUGGUCAGGGGACUUGUUGCACGGGUUCCUGCAUCCAGUGGGUAGUAGAAAUGGAUGAGCUAUAAGGCCCCUUUGCAAUGGGAGUCACUCGUCUCCAUGACAGUUUCAUUCAGAUGCUUGUCAGUGCACACAAUGUAGAGGAAGACAACUUGUACUACACUGCACAUAAAAUCUAAUGACUGUUUGGAUAGAUCUCAUUUUUCUUGGAGACUCAAAUAAUGCUUCAAGAAGACCCAGAGCUAUUCACUUAUUGGACAGGGUAGAUUAAGGCAUGGGUAAAAUCUCUCAAGGCCACUUGGACAGGAGCUCCAUUUUUCUAACACUUUUGACAUCACUUUCUAAGCUGCAUUCCUAACACACCUUCGUCAAGAACACAUUUAUUAAAAGCAUCCUAAUAUCUGGUUGUCACGAACUACUAACAGUUUUCUGUCUGCUCUUGUGACUCAUUGGUAAUUGGUGUCUCUGGUCCCUCCUGUGCUAUAGAUUAGAAAGAGGUGUAAUAUUAAGACUGGAGCCAUUUUGGUAUUAUGUGUUGCCCAAGGAGGAAGGGCUCAAGUCUGACCUCCCGUUCCAAGAAGUUUAAAAAAAAAAAAAAAUGCUAACCCUACCACUAUGUGUACCAGGUCCCGUCACUGUAUCCUUGAAAAGUGGAAGAGCUCUUUGUGUUAGUAGUGUGUGCUGUCUUUGAAAGUCUGCUUGAAUAGGCAUCACUUGCAUUUGUGCUGGUUGCUUUGAGAUGUAAGAUGUGCUGCAUUAUUUUUAAGAAGGAAUAUGCAGUUAUUGGUCAAAGCUUAAUCUUAACCUAUAGCAGGAAAACCUGAGAAGAUCCACAACAUGCUGAUAGCAAUUCUGAAUCACCCUACCAUGCACCUUUCCAUGCAAACCAUCUGCUACUAUGUUCUGACAAUUUCAACAAUUUGUAUAAAUUGUUAGGUACUUUUUAGUUCACUCCUCAAAUAUUUAAAUCUAUACCAAAUCAAACAAAGCAUAACCAACCGACCAAUCAAGCAAAAACUGGCUUCUCCUGAGACUACAUAGUACAACAUAAAAUCUAAAAUCCAAGAUUCAAAAUUUGAUUUACUUUACUUGUCAAUAUUGUCUCAUAAAUGCUUCUGUACUUUUGCCUUGGUCAACAUAGCAAUAUCAGGAACUCCAAAAUGAGCUGUCUUAAAUGAGUCUAAAAUAAAAUGGUUAUAAACUGAUCUCUUUUCGGGAGUCUCAACAAAGAAGAGAAUCUCUUGAGAAUUGCACAUUUAAAACUGAAAAUCUAUACAUUUCUACCAAAUAUUUUCUAAUACUGUUUUGAUUUCCAUACUGUAUCUUUGUUCUGAUAUUUUUUCCAUAGACAUCUAGAAUAUUCAACAAUUUGCAAAGCAUUAAACAGUGUGAGAUCAUAACCUGUGCUUUGAAAUUUAUUCUCCUAGAAGUACCAUUCCAUGAAGGGCCAGACUGCACCAAAUAAAAAUCUCCAAAUGAAUAUUUUUUAACAAAAAUCCCUGGAUAACAUUUGAGCUAUUUUAAAUCCAGAUCAAAAUCUUGGACUCUAUAUCUGUGAUGCCAAACAUUUUGGAUAAAAAAUAGAAAAUACUGUUAAAAAUAAAAAUGUCCUAAAGUUUCCAGAUUUUUAGCUUUGGGUAGUUUUCCUCAAGCUAACUCACUCUUGGCAUAAGAAGGUUUGGUUUUAAUGGUUUAUUUUUAUCAGCAUCAAGUUACAUUGCAUUAUUGAAGUCAAGCAAAUGCAGGUGGAAAGAUGAGUUUUCAUUUCUAGCAAUGGAUCAUUAUUUGUAUAUAGCAAAUAUCCAUGUCCCAAUUGCCCAUUACCAUUCUCUCUUCCCUUGGGGCAAAUGUUAAGGAAUAGUAAUACAUACCAUGGCUUAGGAAAGCCCAGGCAUUACCCGGAAUCAGAAUUUCAAAUGUUAGGUGGCAGCAUGGAAAAAUAGAGUUGACAGCCAGGGAGAACUUUUAAAAUGAAUGUUGUAAAAUUGUUUUUGUGCAUUUCAGUUGUCUUACUUUUAAUGUUAGCGUAACUGUAGAAAGAUGCUAAAUUUAUAAUAUUAGAAUGGAAAACUCAUUUUGCUGUGCCAGUGAUUAGUUAUAUCUUUUCAAUCUUCAGGUUUCAAAAGUGUUUUAAAUUGUCAAAAACCACUGAGAUUAAAUAUUGUCAUACCUAUGUAUCUUCCUGGCAUAUUUUCUAAUCUGAAACUUUUAGUUAUUUUCCAGUGUUUUUUUCCCACUGCAUACAAAAAUUCUUCAGGAUGUACUUUACACAGCUGUUCCAAGCAGUAGCUAGAAAUGCUUUUGUAAGUUCUAAGCCAAGGCUUUGUCAUACCCAUGUCCUCGAAUAUAUUAUUUUAUGCUAUCUCUAUCAAAAUAUAAAUACUGAAACAUUAAUAAUAGUAGGACACCUUUGUUGUUGGAGAUUUCAGUAUCCAUUUAGACAAUUCUACAAAGAUCCUGGCUUCCUAAUUUCCUUAUCUUGUCCAAUGAAUUUAUCAUUAUUGAUUACUAAUUAAGUGAUAGUGAGCAGCUCUUCCUAUUGGCUCCAGGGAUGUUCUAUCCAAACUCUCAAAAUAAAGGCCAUUAUCUUAGGAUAUCCUUCUGUCUCUUGCAUCAACAAUAUUUCCUAUUUUCCUGCAAGACUUUGCUGCACUCAUGCUGUGGUCUCUCCUGUGUUAUAAACACCCAUCUCCUCUAAUCCACCCAUCUUACUUGUCUGUACCCCUUGACAAAAAAAAAAAAAAAAAAAAAA